AUGGAAGCCCACGGGGACCGAGUGUUGGUAGCCGCGCAGGACCAGGAGCAGGAUAAAGGAGGUGGCUUCGUCGAACCAGUGCUGAAGCCGUUCCGGUGCUGGUCGUGCCUGAGCAGGAUCAUCAGCUACCCUAAGCUGGUGGACCACAUGCGGACCAAUCACUCGGACAAGCCGAAGGUGUGCCCGUGGUGUCCAGCGGCGUUCUUGGAGAAGAGCCUGGUCCUGCACGUGGACGCAGUGCAUGGGCGCCCGGGGCCUGGGUCACCCGCAAGCCCCGUGUGCGGCGACACGUACAAACAGGGCUCGACAGCCGCGGACCACGAGAAGGCGCAUAGAGGCGCGGCGCCAUACGCGUGCAGCGUGUGCCACAGGGCAUUCACCCGCCGCAACAACCUGGCCGAGCACGUACGUUCGCACAUAAGGCUCAAAUCGUGCUUGUGCGCAGUGUGCGGCAAGACGUACGUGCGGCCCGGCUACCUGGACAAACACAUCCGUACGAAGCACGGGUUCAAGGCCCCCUGA